AUUACUCUGUUACUUGGUCACAAUGGUCGUUCACUGUGACAUCGAAUUCGAUCAGAAUCCAACGGGCACCUAUUACGCCGGUCAGCUGGUUAGCGGUAAAAUUGUUUUGAAAUGCGAUAAAGUUAAGGAAGCUAAAGCCAUUCUCCUAAAAAUAUCCGGCUCGGCUGAAACAUUAUGGAGCGAACGGCAUUUUAGUACAAGACGUAUGUACUAUGGCCGGGAGGAUUAUUUGUCAUCAUCGACCUAUUUAAUGGGUUCCGAACAGAGUAAGACCAUUAUACACAAUUGCCUUGAGGAUGGGUUUUGUUUUAAUAAAAUAUUUCCAGGUCCCAAAGCAUCUAUAGCAGUCGGUGUACACACAUAUACAUUUGCAUGCCAAUUGCCUUACAAUUGCCCAUCCUCAUUUGAGGGUGUGCAUGGCCAUAUACGUUACACCGUCAAAGUGGUUCUUCAGCGACCAUGGAAGUUCGAUAAUGUUUAUAACAGGGCCUUUACUGUACUAAGAGUCACCGAUUUGAAUUUUGAAUCACCACAAAUAAGGAUCCCCUCAACGAGUGAGGCCUACAAAACAUUCUGUUGCGGCCCUUGCACCACUGAACCCUUGAAAAUGGAACUAAAAGUCCCUCAAACGGGCUAUGUACCUGGCCAAAAUAUACCCGUACAGGGUAUUGUAAUAAAUAACACCAACAUGGCUGUUUCGGAGGUGAAAUUUAUGUUGGUCAUGUUGGUACGCUAUACCAGCAACAAGCCACAUCGCAUCAAUGUUCAACGGGUGGCGGUUAGUAAAAUCAAAAGCGAUUCAGUAUUACGUUACUGUACCCGUGCCAUGAAAGAGGAAUUACAUGUACCGGCCACACCACCGACCUGCAUCCAAGGCUCGUCCGUCAUACAGAUCGUCUAUCAAAUUGAAAUGUACUGUAAAAUGAAAAGUUUGAACAAAACGCAAGUGGUAACAAUGCCCGUGAUAAUAGGGAAUGUCCCACUGGCGAAUAACACGCGACGUUUCAAUGUGAUCGAUGAACAACCCACAUCGAGCAGCCGUGAUAUAAGAGAAGUGCCAUCGGAUGCGGACGAAUCCAAAGAAGUUGGUUCGCCACCAACAUUAGAUUUAAGUACACCAAAUAUGCCACCCCCUUCGUAUGAAGAAUCGGUUCACACGCAACGCAGCAACAUCAAUGAGGGAGAGGAACACACAUUUGGUCCCAGUGAAUUUGCACCUUUGUAUCCAGUUUUUAAUAUAUCAACGCCAAGUUUAGAUCAAACUCCUCUGCCCAUGGGUAUUGAAAACAAAAGUUUUUCACCAUAA